AUGGCUGUAAAGUGCUUAAAGGCGUUAUUGAAGGUUUGCGGCCUCGGGUUGAUAGUUGGUGGCACCGUAUUGCAGCUGAAGUACGAAGGUUUACUGGACAUUCUGGGUGACAGCCGAUUAGCAACUUCGGUAUGGUUCCUGAUUGCUGGAGCACUAUGUGCCUCUCUGGGUUUUUUGGGAUGCUGUGGAGCGAUACGAGAAAAUUACUGCCUUACUCUUACUUUCGCAAUUCUGUUGUCGUUGUUACUCUUGCUGGAAACUGCUACUGCUAUUGCAGCCUACGCACUACAUCAACCACUAGAGCAGUCAAUGUCACACCAACUAAGGCUAGGCCUUCCCAGAUAUAAUAAAACUGGAUUCGCAGGUGUAACAGCAGCAUGGGAUCAAGUUCAACGGCAAUUCAGUUGUUGUGGUGUUUAUAACUCAUCUGACUGGAGUGUUGCCAAUAUUCCCGACCCUCCGGAUUCGUGCUGCAUUGACUACAAACCAGGAUGUGGCAAAAAAAGACACAAUCUGCAAUCAUCAGGCUGCAUGGAAAAGGUCGAAGAGUGGCUAAUGAUGAACGCUGCAAUUAUUGGUGGGAUCAGUGCUGUCGUCGGAUCAAUACAAAUUAUUGGAAUUUGUUUCGCAUGUUGCUUAUCAAAAAGCAUCCUUAAAGAGUACCAUGAAUUUUAUUAUUAG